GAACAAACAGGGAGGAACACUGAAAGUGAAAGUAUUCAGUCUGUUCUUCAGACUCCAUUUAAAAGUCAACAGAGCAGAAGGAGGAAAACAGUCUGAGGCAGGGUUUUCACAGGACAAACAGCUCCUCUCAGCGUCCAACGUUAUCAGCUGACCAUUCAUGAACUCCUGUAGAGCAGGGGGGCAUAAUGGUGAAAUUUAAAGAGGAGCUCUUGAAAACUCUGGAAGACUUAAUAGAGGAUGAGUUUAAGAAGUUCAAGUGGUUCCUGAAGGAGGAUGAUGUCCUGGAGGGCUUUAAAGGCAUCCCAAGGGCUCAGCUGGAGAAAGCAGGAAGGGAGGACACAGUGGAUCUAAUGGUACAGAAAUAUCAGGAUCCUGGAGCUCUGCAGGUAACCAACGAGAUUUUAGAAAAGAUCAACAGGAAUGAUCUGGUGCAGCGUUUACAAAACUCCAGCUCUGGACCAAAAGGUGGAGAGAGUAGCACUGAUGCCACAGCAGUACAGAAGCCCACUACUUCAGAGCAACCUGCAGCAGAUGGUCUGCAGAUGGUUUCAGAUCCAUAUAAGAAAAGUCUAAUAAGGAAAUGUCAACAAGUGACUGAAGGAAAUGAUGAAGAUGAAAGAGCCCUCCUCAACAGGAUCUACACUGAGCUCUACAUCACAGAGGGAAAGAGUGAAGAGGUUAAUACCCAACAUGAGGUGAGGCAGCUUGAAGCAGCUUCCAAGAUGAAGAUCCACCAUGACACUCCAAUCAAGUGCCACGACAUCUUUAAACCCUUACCUGACCAACAGAAAGACAUCAGAGUCGUUAUGACGAACGGUGUUGCUGGUGUUGGAAAAACCUUCUCAGUGCAGAAGUUCACUCUGGACUGGGCAGAGGGCUCGAAAAACCAAGACAUCAGUCUGGUGAUUCUGCUUUCAUUCAGGGAGCUGAACUUGAUCAAAGAUGAGAAGUACAGUCUCCUCAUGCUGAUCCAUGAUUUCCAUCCAACAUUACAGAAGGUCACAGCAGAGAAGCUCGCUGUCUGGAAAGUUUUGUUCAUCUUUGACGGCCUGGAUGAAAGCAGACUUUCACUGGAUUUCAAGUUCAACAACAGGAAGGUCGUAUCUGAUGUCAAACAGCAGUCAUCAGUCAACGUGCUGUUGACAAACCUCAUCGAGGGGAAUCUGCUUCCCUCGGCUCUCGUCUGGAUAACUUCCCGACCUGCAGCAGCCAAUCAGAUCCCUCUGACAUGUGUUGACAGGGUAACAGAAGUACGAGGCUUCACUGACGUCCAGAAGGAGGAGUACUUCAGCAGGAGAUUCAGUGAUGAAGAGCUGUCCAGCAGAAUCAUCUCACACAUCAAGACAUCCAGCAUUCUCCGUGUCAUGUGUUACAUCCCAGUCUUCUGCUGGAUCACUGCUAGAGUUGUGGAGCACAUGUUGACUACAGACCAGAGAGGAGAGCUGCCCAAGACCCUGACUGACCUGUACUCACACUUCCUGCUGGUUCAGACAAAGAGGAAGAAGCACAAGUAUGAUGAAGGACAGGAGACGAGUUCACAGGAGCUGACGGAGGCUGACAGGGAACUUCUUCUGAAGCUGGGGAGGCUGGCGUUUGAACAACUGCAGAAAGGAAACAUCAUGUUCUACCAAAAAGACCUGGAGCAGUGUGGUCUUGAUGUCACAGAGGCCUCGGUGUUAUCAGGAUUUUGUACAAAGAUCUUCAGAAGAGAGAAUGUGAUCUUCAAGAAAACAGUUUACUGCUUUGUUCAUCUGAGUGUUCAGGAGUUUCUGGCUGCAGUCUACAUGUACCACUGUUACACCAACAGCAACACAGAGGUACUGAAGGAGUUCCUGGGAAAAGACUACAGUAACUCAUCCCUGGAUGACUUCCUGAUGGGAGCCAUGAAGAAAUCUCUCCAAAGUGAAAACGGCCACCUGGACCUGUUUGCUCGCUUCCUUCAUGGCCUCUCUCUGGAGACCAACCAGAGUCUCUUAGGAGGCCUGCUGGGUCAGACAGAGAACAGUCCAGAAAUCAUCCAGAGAGUCAUCAACAACCUGAAGACGAUGAAAACGUACAGAAUCUCUCCUGACAGAUGCAUCAACAUCUUCCACUGUCUGAUGGAGAUGAACGACCGCUCAGUACAUCAAGAGAUCCAAGAGUUCCUGAAGUCAGAGAACAGAUCAGAGAAGGAACUCUCUGAGAUCCACUGCUCAGCUCUGGCCUACAUGCUGCAGAUGUCAGAGGAGGUUCUGGAUGAGUUGGACCUGCAGAAGUACAACACAUCACCUAGGGGACGACAGAGACUGAUCCCAGCUGUGAGGAACUGCAGAAAGGCUCUACUUUCUGGCUGUGGACUCUCAGAGACUCACUGUGAAGUUGUGGCCUCAGCUCUGAAGUCCAACCCCUCCCAUCUGAGAGAGCUUGACCUGAGUGGACACCUCCUGGAGGAUGGUCAGACUGGUUCAAGAUCGAAGCUUCUAUCUGCUGGACUGGAGAGUCCAAACUGUAGACUGGAGACUCUGAGAUUGUGGCUCUGCAUGUUGUCAGAGACCAGCUGUGCUUCUCUGGUCUCAGCUCUGAAGUCCAACCCCUCCCAUCUGAGAGAUCUGGAUCUAAGAGGAAACGACCUGAAAGACUCAGGAUUAAAACUACUGUGUGAUUUUCUGGAGAGUCCAGACUGUAGACUGGAGACUCUGAGAUUGAGUUCCUGCAGGUUGUCAAAAACCAGCUGUGCUUCUCUGGUCUCAGCUCUGAAGUCCAACCCCUCCCAUCUGAGAGAGCUGUAUCUAAGCCACAAUGACCUAUUUGACGUGAAGCAGCUGUGUGAUUUUCUGGAGAGUCCACACUGUAGACUGGAGAAUCUGGGAUUGAGUGGCUGCAGUUUGUCAGAGAUCAGCUGUGCUUCUCUGGUCUCAGCUCUGAAGUCCAACCCCUCAUCCCAUCUGAGAUAUCUUGAUCUAAGAGGAAAUAACCUGAAGGACUCGGACAUGAAACAGCUGUCUGAUCUUAAGGAGAGUCCACACUGUAGACUGGAGACUCUGAGAUUGACUGACUGCAGUUUGUCAGAGAUCAGCUGUGCUUCUCUGGUCUCAGCUCUGAAGUCCAACCCCUCCCAUCUUAGAGAGCUGUAUCUGGGAGAGCUGUAUUUGACUGACAACGUCACCUCAAGCUUAAGAAUGAAGCUUCAGGAAUCAGACGUGAAGCUACUGUGUGAUUUUCUGGAGAGUCCAGACUGUAGACUGGAGACUCUGAGAUUGUGGCGCUGCAGGUUGUCAGAGACCAGUUGUGCUUCUCUGGCCUCAGCUCUGAAGUCCAACCCCUCCCAUCUGAGAGAUCUGGAUCUGUCUCAAAACGACGUGUGUGACGUGAAGCAGCUAUGUGAUUUUCUGGAGAGUCCACACUGUAGACUGGAGACUCUGAAAUUGACUUCCUGCAGGUUGUCAAAGAUCAGCUGUGAUUCUCUGGCCCCAGCUCUGAAGUCCAACCCCUCAUCUCACCUGAGAGAGCUGCAUCUGGAAGGAAACUACGACCUGAUGGACUCGGACAUGAAGCAGCUGUCUGAUCUUCAGGAGAGUCCAGACUGUAGACUGGAGACUCUGAGGUCAGUAGAGAGUUGGAGUCAGUCUGUGCUGGUUUCUGCAGUAUUGUAUUAAACACAGUUAGUAUCAAAGCAAAGAUCCAGUAUUUCCUGGUGAACCUUCAACCUUCUCAG